CACAGGUUCUGAGCGCUGGCGACAGAUCACAACCUCCGUCAACAUGGAGCAUUCUAACAGGUGCAUCUUAGGCAUCAGCAGCGGCAGCAACGUGCAGCUUGCUUCUUGCGGCCCUCCUCAGAGCCAAGCCCCAAAGACGAUCAUGGGGAAUGCACCUGGACCAGCUCAGCACGCACCUGAAGGUUCGAGCGCAAACAGCGUGUCCCUGACCAGGAUUCGAGCCCUGGUAAGGAGCGCGCUCCGGAAGGGGAGCGUGAGGGGGCAGCGCGUGUUCCGGAGAAAUGCGGGGAUUGUCUGCGGACUGGCGAGGGAGGUGUGCGGGUCAGCGGCCCUCCUCUGGACGGAGUCUGCCUGGAAUGGGGCCCUGGAAACUGCCAUGAGCGGCCUGGAGGGGCUGAUCGACGUGCCAGAGUCGUCCCUGCUGGAGGGCUUCAGGCAAGCGGUCGCCUCGUCAGCUGCUGCCCACCUAGAGGGGCUGAAGCAGCAGGGCAGGGAGGGUAGCCCGGUGCAAAGGAGGGUGCAGGCCCGCAAGUCCAGAGGCCAGAGCGCAGACUGUGGGGGGCAAAGCAAUCGUAACAAGCAGCCGGAAACAGGAUUAGAUCAUGCAGACCAGCACAGCCUCGAGUGUUGUGCGUGCGGCGCUACUGCAGAUUAUGGGCUUCGGGGAGGAAAGGAGGGGGGGGCCAUCAAGUAUUUCUGCCGAGUGCAUGCAACAUCGAAUGGCUACUUCCGUAUCGACCCAGAUCGCGCAGUGUGGGCUCAUGAACGUGUACUGCGUCAGUUGAAAGCACGGGUGGCAAGGCUUGAAGAGGAACUCCAGCAAAUGGGAGGGAACUCAUCUGCUGCAGAUCCAGCACCAGUUCAGAACAACUUCCAAAGUGAGGGGCAUUGGGCUACGAUGCCAAUGAGCAGGUCGCUUAUAGCGACGCUUUUGAAGAUUGGUUGCGUCGAAUGCAAUCCGGGACUUGGCCCAGACGAGGGGACCCCGGACAAGGUUGCACAGAUUCGCAAGAGCUGGAAGGAAGCUUGUACGGCAAUCAACCCCAGGCUACUUGAUCUCCUGGCAAGCGAGGAUGUCACGUUGGCAGCCUGGAGGGGGCUUCCUCCGGGGGAACACCUUUCAACGGUGGAAACCUUGGCGAAUGCGUACGAGCGGAAAUGGCUCGUGGGCUGGACUACGUUCCUUAUGAGGGUUGCAAUAACACUACCAAAGAGUGGUGGCAUCGAAUUCAGUUCGGGACCUGGCCCAGACGAGGUGACCCCGGACGAGAUUGCACACGUCCGCAAGAGCUGGGAGGAAGCUGGCAACACAAUCCAUCCCACGUUGCUGGAGCACCUGGCAACGCAGACUGUCAGCUUGGCAGACUGGAGAGAGCUGUCUUUGGGCGUGCGCAUUAAAGUGAUAGAAGCUCUGGGAAAGGCGUAUGAGGGGAAAUGGCCUCUGGGCUGGACUAUAUAUCUCAAGGGAUUUGCAGCUCCUGUUGGGGGCGGUCAGGCUGCGGAAGCGGGCCACUCCACGGAUCUGGACAUGCAGGAUGCUGAUCAAGGGAGCCGGAAACGUCGCCCGCACCCCCUCCAAACAGAGAUUACGACGUUGAAGCUGUGGACGGAAGUCGAAAACCAACUCAACGCCCAACGCGAUCUGGCUGUCUCAAAUCUGGCGCGCUGCUUUCAAGACGGCCCGGAGCACUAUGUUGCCAAAGGAGAAACCGACAAGUCUGACUUUAUCACGGGGCUGCGUCUGUUGGGGAGGAGGGACCAACCACUGCUGCUUCUGGCCGACCUGCCAAGCGACGAGAAGUCUCGGGAGGUGCUGACCAAGGCGGCCGUCCUCAGAGACUGGUGCAGAAAGAAUGUUCCGUCUGUUGACCCUGUCCCGAUCACGGUGCUGUUCGGCGUUUCCGGGGCUGGGAAGACGCGGACAUGCCUGGAAUUCGGGUGCUUCCAGCCAGGCACGAUCUACUUGACAGCUGACCCGAACGCUGGGAUCGGAAUUCGAGAUAUGCGAGACAUGAUGACUAGGCUUAAUGAAGACUGCCGACCUUCGUCUGACGAGUGGGCUGCAAACCUCCACCGGGCCAGGCGACACGUGUACGCUCUGCUGUAUGCGCGGCUCACGCUGCUGGAACACUGCGUGAAGACCGGUGGGGCAGGGCAACCUUGGCUGUACUACCGGACGGCAGUUGUGUACUCCGCGCAGGAGGACGUCCUUUCAAAUCUGUACCUGGCUGUGCGGAACGUUGAGCCGGAUGACCUGCUGCCUCGGGUGGUUGAGCUUCUCAAGUCCUGCCGGAGAGGCUUGAAGAUCGCCCGCAUUCCAAUCAUCAUCGACGAAGCUCAACUCCUGAGCGCGGCGCUAGAGAACUGCUUCUCCAACAACCCCUCCGGUCUCGGCGAAGGAAGGCCCCUGCUGACGGCUUUAGUUCACAUCCUGAACGAAGCCCCCUUGACGGGUCAGAUCAUCCUCAUCCUGGCAGGGACUGGCCUGUCUAUGCUCCAGCGAGACUACAUUGCAUCAGCUAGCUCCAAAUCCGGCGCCCCCAAGCCUGAGACGUUUGUUGACUUUGGAGAGUUCGAGGAGUCUCAAGCCGUGGAUUACUUGACACGGUAUGCGGGUUCAGAGGAGACCAUCGAUGCCUUGCCUCUAGUCAAAGAAGCUCUUGGUCGGCGGAGGUUCGUGGCGGGGCCGCUGCAGCGCUGGCUGCAUGAGAACGGAAGACGGCCUCUCAAAGCUGUGUUCAAGGAGGAAAUUUUCUAG